AUGGCGACCCGUCAACGCCCGCGGCCACCCAUGCUGCUGCCGCUGCUGCUUCUUCUCGCCUCCGCCCUCCAGGGGCAGGCGUAUCCCCAACCACUGCCCGCCUACCAUGCGGACGAUAUGGGCUUUGGAGGCGAGGACGGCUACAGAGCGGCGCAGAGCCCUCUGGGGUUCCCGCAGAACUUCUUCAUGCCUUCGGCGUUUGGCCCAGGCUUCUUCCAACCGCAGCGGCAGACGGACCCCUUCGGGCUGCCGCCUGGGCAACCACUUCCGCCUCCAGGGCCGCCACCACCACCAUCGGCGCCAGCGCAGCCUCAAGCACCGCCCCCUCCGCAGUCACCGCCACCGCCGCCUCCACAGCCAGACGGCCCUCCGCCACUGCCACCACCACCGCAGCCCCAGCCUCAGUUCCCACCCGGAGCUCAGUUUCCACCGUUUCCUCAGUGGCCACCGGGAGGGCAGUUCCCUCCGGGAGGCCAGUUCCCACCCGGCCUACCGUUUCCACCGGGAGCCCAGUUCCCACCAAUGAUGCCGCAGUUGCCUCCCGGCUGGCCCUCUUCGGGGUCUGGGAACCCUCUGUCGGCGGUACCGAUACUGUCGCCGGUCCCGACUGGGUUCGUGCCUCUCGGGUCGGGCCCCAUCCUGCCCAUGUCCCUGCCCCCGCAACAGCUGUCGCCGCCGCAGCUCCAACAGGCUCCUCAGCCGGCGCCGGGAGCGCGCUCUGCAGGCCCGGACCACGCAGAGCACUCCAGGUCGUCGCACCUCCUGGAGCCGGCGAAUCUCUUCAAGACUGCGCGCCACUGGCACCGCCCUCCCACCACGCUGGUGCUGCCGCCGCCCACCACCUACGCGCGGCCACGGCUUGUUGCGGCGGCAGUGAUGGCUGCGCCUCGGACCCUGCUGCUGGUGGCCGUGUUGGCGGCGGCUGCUCUGGUGGCGGCUGCGCAGGUGCCGUACGCCGGCGUCCUGCCGUGGCACAUCUACGCGAUGCCCCGCUCCUGGAUAGACCGGCCCAUGCACAGCCACUACCGCCAGCACAUACGCAAGAAGAAGCUCCCGGGCUCCAGUAUAGACUUCCUUUGCAUCUUGGCUGUUUGA